GAUAGGUGCCAUUCACGUCUUAGGUUCUUGAAACACCUGGUCAUGCGCCCUUGUUUUGCUUCAAGCCAUCUCCAAGGCGGUUCCUGGACCGAUCCCGGAGUCCUCGUUUGCGUGGAACGCCUAAUUCUCAUGUCUCAACCCACGAUUCCGUCCACAACACGUAGGCAUGCUCAACGAUUUGAGACCUGCCCGCAAAACGAGUCGUUCUCCAUCCUCUCGAUGCAUCUGACCCAGGGCCUUCUGCCGUUCACCCGUUGACCCCCGGGCCAUCAGGUCAUCGCUCCUCUAACCCACACGUGGAGGCCACAUCAUGGGCGAUGUGACCGACGUCGAGGCCUUGUUGCAGUUUACGGCGGACGGCUCGGAAAACGAGGACGGAGCUGAGAGUGAUGGGAGUGAGGCCGUGUUGCCCAAUCAGUCCACGCCCACGUGGGAAGAGCUCGUCCACGCCGAUCAGGCCGCCGCCCAGCGGAAUCUCGAGACCGACCAACCCCAUGAGCAGAGCAGCACCUACCAACGCAUUCAAGAGCAACUUCGACUGGUUCGAGAAGAUGGGAUUAUGCGCGGCGAGGAUCCGGAUCCCAUGCCGACCUCAUCCAGCCAGAUUCCGGAGAUAACCACCAAUCCCAAAGAGAUCAAGUACGUGGCUCCGGGCCUCAAAUUAUUCGACGCCACGCAGUUCUUAAAUCGCUUCAAGUCCGAGAAUCUCAACUUGGAAGACGACUUCCAUUACCGCAAACGCUCUCGAUUACUGGAACUGGGUAUCCGACCCGAGGACGUUCAGACCAUCUUCCAGGAUGACUUGGCGUUUCACAUGUUCCUAGCUCCUGAAUCGAGCUCGGCCUUGAUUGGGAGUGAGAGUGACUUUCGAAAAAUUUGUGAUUAUUUGUUCUUCUUUUGCUGCUCGUGUCCCGACGAAGUCAUGUUCAUGCUGUAUGAGCGCUCAAUUUUCGAUUUGCUCCGUAACUACGCCUUCAAAUGGGAACUCAAACUCGAGCAUAUCAUCACUGCCUUGGCCAAUUUGGGUGUCAAUGAGGGCGCCAUGUUGCCGCAAAACCAUGUCCAAGAGCUCAUCUCCAAUCGCAUGGAUGUUCUAGAGACCCAUGCUCGAGCCAGAGGUCGAUCUUUCUCUUUCAAAUUUCCCAGCUGCUUAGACUUCUUUAAGAAACGGCGACAAACGGAAACCCGAAAAGCGGCCCCAGCCUCCAAUCUUGAGGAUAAAGUCGACUCCGAAACUCGGCUUCGGGUGAUUGAACAAACUAUCAAGUUAAUUUCGGACCUAGUUGUCGGUUACCCUGAUCGUUGUGAAUUCAAAGCGAGCUCCGGCGACUGGUUAAAACAUUUGCUGUUGGUGUACAUUUUUGGAGUGCUGUCAUCGGACCAGGUGCUAAUCCGUCGCUCGUUUGUGGCCACGGAUAUCAUGAUGCUGUAUCAGUUUCAAAUUGAUUCUUUUUCCACUCUCCAGUGGACAGGUCAAGCCAACCCAGCCGAUUCUCAUCAGCCUGAUGGGGGCACAGACCUCUUUACUUUGACGGAGAAUGCCAGCAUUGACAUGGCGGAAGUAUUGGCCCGAGUGGGCUCACAUGAGGGCAUUGAACAGAUUCGAACUUGGUCUCGAGAAGAGCUGCCCGCAUGUGCUCAAUUCGACGAACUGGAUCAUCACCACAACAUGGUUCGACGCUUACAAUUUCUUCCCCCGUCGUUGCGAGGAAACCAACUCAAAAAGAACGUGGCUUUCUUAAACCUGCAACAGAUCCUGAACCUCGAGGAAAUGGUAAUCGUGGCAAAAGCGAACGUAAGUGAUCUCAGCGACAUUCUUCAGAAUCCGAACAAUUGGCCAAGAUUGGCCCGAUUAGAGAGUGAGCAUUAUGCUAUGAUGACCUGUAUCCGACUAAUGGAUGUAAUUGUCGGCAGUGAGAGUUCAGAUUUCACGGACUCGAAUUGGAAGCACAUCAUGUCUGUCAAGAACUUCCUCUCAUACACCAUUCGGCAACGGGACGACAUCCGGAACCCCGAUAGUUCUAGGGUGAAAGAGUUGGCCCAUCAAAUUUUCGCCAAGUGGUCUUUAUUGGGGAAGAAAGAUUAUUGAUUAAAUCAAGCUGGACAGGCAUUAGUACAAAAGCAUUUGCUCCUUUUUAUUCCUGUGUCAAUUAGUAAGUAACUUUGGUGUUCAUUUUCGCAUCCUUGAAGUUUGACAAAGUCCAUUGACUUGGUGUACACAAAUGUGACCUGGACAUGACGUUGAAUAGAUUGCGAUGGGUCAGGGAUCCGCAUCAAGACAAUAAGGGGACAAGUACUCAUUUCUCCGUCAUCGAGAGCUCCAAUAUUUUUUUCAACAUUUCGUCCUCGUCGUUCUUUCGGCGUGCUUCUUCGUCCAAUGUUGUCUGUGACAAUCGAAUGGCCAUCGCCAGUUCAUCUUCCUCCUCUCUCAUGCCGCCCUCAUGAUUCAGAGCCGUAUCUCCCGGCACUUUUGGAACACUCCCUUCGGCGGAAAGCGCACCUGGGUCGGUGGCGUCAAGAGGGCUCCCCUGAUCUUUGGAAAGACUCAACUCGAUGGCUCGCUGAAUUUGAAGUUCAAGCUGUCGAUCUUCCUGG